UCAGGGCGCCGGAGCGACAGAAGGACGGAGGGACAGAGGCUCCGAGAGGCAGCGCUGUCCUCGCGCCCCGCUCCGCUGCAGGACCCGCUGCAGGACCCGCCAGGAGGUCGGACCUCGGUGCUCCGACUGCGGGCGGAGCCCCCAGUCUCGCUGCGGAUCGGAGGCGGCGGUGUCUGCGCGGCGCACGGCGGGGUCUGUUCUCUCCCGAGCUCCGGCACCUGCCGGAGCUGCUCGUGCGUCCUCCGUCGGCCUGCUCGACUAUCUGUCUGCCCUCCCGCCGUCUGCUCCGUCCUCUGGCCUGGCCUCUCCGGGUCCCGGGUGUUCCGGGGGGCGAUGAGGAGCGUGGGGUCGGGGCGCACGGGGCUGGGCACGCGGAGCGCACGGCGCGGCGCUGGCCCAUGAGGCUUUCCAGCGCAGGGCGCGGCAGCGCGCGCGGGCCAUGGGGGGCAGCCUGCGGGUGGCCGUGCUGGGCGCCCCUGGCGUGGGCAAGACGGCCAUCAUCCGCCAGUUCCUGUUCGGUGACUACCCGGAGCGCCACCGGCCCACGGACGGGCCACGCCUCUACCGGCCCGCGGUGCUGCUCGACGGCGCGGUCUACGACCUGAGCAUCCGGGACGGCGACGGCGCUCCCCCGAGUCAGAACCCCGGGGGUCCAGAGGAGUGGCCGGACCCCAAGGACUGGAGCUUGCAGGACACGGACGCCUUCGUGCUGGUCUACGACAUCUGCAGCCCGGACAGUUUCGACUACGUGAAGGCGCUGCGGCAGCGCAUCUCAGAGACCAGGCCGGCGGGCGCACCCGAGGCGCCCAUCCUCGUAGUAGGCAACAAGCGGGACCGGCAGCGGCUGCGUUUCGGACCCCGGCGCGCGCUGGCCGCCCUGGUGCGCAGGGGCUGGCGCUGCGGUUACCUCGAGUGUUCCGCCAAGUACAACUGGCACGUGCUCCGUCUCUUCCGCGAACUGCUGCGUUGCGCUUUGGUACGCGCGCGUCCCGCGCACCCGGCCUUGCGCCUGCAGGGGGCGCUGCACCCGGCGCGCUGCAGCCUCAUGUGACCGAAUUGGACGACAACGCCGAUGGUGGGGGGAGGGUCCCAGUUUGAUGAACAACAGGGUACCUGGAUUGGACGCAGUUGCCCAACUUCUCUCGGAUUGGACUAGGCAAAGUCUCCUCCUUGAUUGGAUUUGGAAAGCUCCCACCCAGUCUCCUGGGCGACAGGACUCUUUGUGCCUCAUUGGACCCAACCAGGCCCCAAGCUACAUUGGGCAAGAUAAGUCCUUUCUGGGACCUCAUUGAGUUACAAUCCCACUGGAUGAAAGGGACUCGCUAUGAACCUGAUUGGAAGUUCUCAGGUAGCUUCUGGGGUUUCAGUGGACAAUCUUAAAUCACACCUCUCAGGAGGUAA